AUGGAAAAUCUUAAAAAAUCAUUGAAGGAUCUCUUCAGAGAAUUGGACAAAAAACUAGAAGAACUAGAAAUCCUACAAACAAAACUUGAUCCUGACUCUAUAGAGGUGAGCUUCGAUGCAAAAAAUCCUGAGAAAGACAUUGAAGAUUCUAUAUCUCGAAUUUUGUCCGAUAUCAAAACUCAGGCAGAGCAAAUGAACGCAUCCGCAUCAUCAAGUUUUGACACAACUCUUAGCGUUCAAUACCUAAGUGAUCACAAAAUUUAUUCCAAGCGCUUUUUGACAAUUAAAAGCAAUAUCCAGCAAUUGAGAUGGCAGCAACAAUUAAUAGGAAAAUCAUUCAAAGACUCUUCUGAUGACACACGGCUAAAUGUUUUGUUUAGACAAGGAAGAAGCUUAGAUAGCUCGAUUGAAAUGGGAAAAAAUAUUCUUGCGACAGCUCAAGAAGUAUCGAACUCGCUGGCUUAUCAAAAAGAAAAGCUCAUGUCUGCUUCUGAUAAAGUUGUGAUUUUUGCUGAAACUCUGCCAGGGAUUAAUGUACUUCUGAAAAGGAUUUCAAGGAGAAAGCGCUUCAAUGCAAUUGUAAUUGGGUUGACAAUUUCUGUGUGUACAUGCAUAACUUUAUUAUAUGUCUUAUAA